GAGCUGGCCAUUGCUGGCUGCCGCAAUGGUCAAGCUUGUGGUCAGCGUCCUGGCUGGGCUGGCGCUCCUGCUUUCGGGGUCCCUGGGGGACUCCACCCCUCUACCGGACUACGGCUCUGUGGCCAGGGUCCACAAUGGGGGGCAAAGAGGCAAAUGGGGCUCGGUGGACAGGUGCCCCACGGGGAGCUUCGCCACCGGGUUCCAACAAAAGGUGGAGUCGUACCGGGGUCCCACCAUAGACGACACAGGACUCAACGGCAUCCGGCUCCUUUGCACGCAAGGCUGGAGUGGAAGUGGACAGAAGGGCCACGCCGUGGAGUCCGAGAGUGGACAGUGAGUCUGGAGAACAUGGGUGGUGCACACG